AUGGGGUACGCAUCUCCCCUCCCUGCGGCUGCCGUGGCGGCAGCAGCUGCGCGUCGGCGAUGGCUGACGGGACCAGAGCUCGACAACAACGUGCAGCUCGUCGACCCGACGCAAGAUGCCCUCUACUACUACGACGCCGAGGCCCAGCAGGCGGCGGCGGCGGCGAAGCCGUGGGCGACGGACCCUAACCACUUCAAGUACGUCCGCAUCAGCGCCGUCGCGCUCGUCAAGAUGGCCAUGCACGCCCGCUCGGGCGGCGACCUCGAGGUCAUGGGCCUCAUGCAGGGGUACGUCGACGACGAGACCUUCGUCGUCACCGACGCCUUCCGGCUGCCGGUCGAGGGCACGGAGACGCGGGUGAACGCGCAGGACCAGGCCAACGAAUACCUCGUCGAGUACCUCGACCUCUGCCGCUCGCAGGGCCGGCAGGAGAACGUCGUGGGCUGGUACCACAGCCACCCGGGCUACGGCUGCUGGCUCAGCGGCAUCGACGUCGAGACGGAGGCGCUGCAGCAGCAGUUCCAGGACCCCUUCCUCGCCGUCGUCAUCGACCCGCACCGGACCAUCAGCGCGGGCAAGGUCGAGGUGGGCGCGUUCCGGACGUACCCGAGCGAGCACAAGCCGGCGGCCGAGGGCGGCGGCUCGUCGGACGGCAGGCAGACGGUGCCGCUCGCCAAGGCGGCCGAGUUUGGCGCGCAUGCGAGCCGAUACUACAGCCUCGAGGUGUCGCACUUCAAGAGCACGCUCGACGGGCACCUGCUGGACCUGCUCUGGCACAACUACUGGGUGCAGACGCUGAGCCAGAGCCCGCUGCGGACGAACGGCGACUUUGGCAGCAAGGAGAUGCUCGACCUGAGCUCGCGCAUCGGCGAGGCGACGACGCAGAUGGCGCGCCAUCGCGUCACGCAGAACCCGACGGCGCACUCGACGGGCUCGGCCGGCGGGGACGGGUCGGUGGAGAGGCUCGCCGACGAGAGCAACCUGAUGACGACGAAGGAGUGGUGCGGACUGGUGGCCGAGGUGGUCAAGGCGAAGCUGUUUAACGACGUCGUGGGGCCCGAGUCUUGA